CGCAUGUGGGUGCUCCCUAGCUGGAAACAGAGAUGGAACGGGAUAGCAAUUGUAACAGCCUGGAAGGUCAAAAUAGUUCAGAUUGAGUUCUCUUGUGGUAGUAUGGCACCAGCGUUCCUAGAUGGCAGGGAUGCAAACUCUCUCCUCAAACGUUCUCCACGGGCCAAUGGCUUCCUGGAGGAGUUUCGGCAGGGUAACAUUGAGAGGGAGUGUGCCGAGGAGAGCUGCAGCUUUGAGGAGGCCAAUGAAGUGUUUGAAAAUAAGGAGCGAACGAUGGAGUUCUGGAAAAACCGCAGCAUCUACACAGUGAACAGCAAUGCUGAUUCCCGCUUGGAGCGCCCGGACACUGUGUACAUGGUGGUGCCUCUCCUGGGCGUGGCUCUCCUCAUCAUCAUCGCGCUCUUCCUCAUCUGGCGCUGUCAACUGCAGAAGGCCACACGCCGGCGUCCGGCCUACACCCAGAACCGCUAUCUGGCUAACCGAAAUGCCCGCAGCCUCCCGCGCAUCCUGGUGCACCGGGACCCUCCCUCACAUUCAGAGAACUCUCACGCCAAUGACAGGCCAGGUGUGGUGGUCAGCAGUGGCGAGAGGGGCAGGGCUUCGGUGGCACCACAAGACGGCCAUCAUGACUCCAGCCACUCUCAGAACAAUCGCUCCCUGUAUGUACAAGAUUCGUCUUUGUCCGUGGCUUCCCACCUGUCCGGGGCGACCCCACCGCCUUCCUAUGAGGAAGUUACCGGCCACUUAGAGAGCAGCAGCGAUGAGACAACAGCCCCUUACAGUGAUCCUCCGCCCAAAUAUGAGGAGAUAGUGCUGGAAAAGUGAGAUCUUUCAUAAAAGAGGACUCAUAUAGCGGUAACCAAAUGUUACGGAUGCACUGGUUCCCAAGCACUGAUCUUAAUGUGGCUCUCACUCUGAACAGAUUGUGCAGGCUAUGAAUGUGUACAGUCUUCUUUUGUCGUAGAUCGUGGACUGCACUAAUAAACGUGGUUGUUUUUCAAGUCGCAAAGGGUCCUCCUGCCUUCACACUCAUGCAGCCUUCUCACUAUUUCCGUGUACCUUUUCUCUCCUUCUUCGGCUGCUGUGGCUGCCCUUCAGAAAGAAAAUGUGUAGAAGUAAGUGAAGAAGAGAUAUAUCCCUCACAAGAGUUGCCAAUUUGUGCGCUGCAUUGUAAUCGCAUCAGGCAUCAAGCUUCAGAGCCUGCUAGGAAUAAAAAGGAGCGUUCACUU